AACACCUCGAAGCGUCAUCGGCAGAUGAAUUACCCGUGAGUGCUAAAGUUGCAAACCCUUGCCGGCCCAAACUUCUUCUCCCUCCCCUCUCUCACCUUCUACUGCGUGCGUGAGCGCGCGUGCCUCUGGAUCAUCAAACAAAAUUGUUAUCUAUCAGUAGAAGGCAGGUUUCUGGAAUAAUUAUCGAUCUUUUCCUCUGUUUAUAUUUUGCAAUUCGAAUAUACAUACAGAUUCAUUCAUCUUAUAUCCAAAGGGGAGAAGAUAAUUACUUUUUUUUUUUUUCGAUACAUCAACAUAUACUUUUGCGAAUCGAUUGAUUCGCUAGUUUUCGAGAGAGAAUGUCGAAGAAGAAGACGACGAUGACUCUUAAGGACUUCCAUGGCGGCUCCAUUCCUUCCGAUCUUCCUCUCCCCUCCGCUCCUGGCAUAACUGCGAGACCAGUAGAUCGUGGUAGUGGCUUUGAUCGGCAGUUAUCAUGGGGUAAUUCAGCAGGAAGGUCGGAUAAUCGGUUACGCCCUGCGUCUGCUGGCUCAGUCAGGAACCUUGAUGAAAAGACUCAUUUCUUAAAUCACAGUCCGCAUAUUGGCCGCAACUUUGAUGAGGAUGAGCGCAAGCCUUUGGAUGGGGUUUCAGGCCCUCGUCGGACAGUUACAGAUGAAAGCUCUCGUGCUCAAACCAGUCCCGCGACUGCUUCAAUCCCCGCGUCUCAUACUUCAAGCGGUUCAACUGGUAGCUCUUAUGUACGAAGGGUUAGUGAAGUGCAUAACGCGAGAUUGAACUCUCAAACUUCUAGUGGCGGUCGGGGUCAGGGGUCGAAUUAUCUAGUUAUGAGUGGCAAUGCUGGGCAGGUAGUGGCUGGAUCUACAAAUGCGUGGGGAAUGAGAAAGGAGACUGCUGGCGUGAAAGAGCAUGUAUCUGCUGCAGAUGCCGAGACAAAAUUGGCUCAUGCCAGUGCUCUCGAAAUGGUUGGUCGGUGGAGCUUAAAACAACCUGUUAAUCCUCUCAAAGACGCUGGACAACCGGAAAUUGAGGGACAGCUUGAGUAUAAUGCCAACAACAUAUACAAUAAAAAAACGUACAAUACGUUGGAUGUAGUUGGUGACUCUGACCGUCAUGAUGUUGCUCUUACGAGGCAUGCUGAAAGGAGUGUCGCUGUUGAUGAUGGGGUUCGUGGUGGUGGAAAGGUGAUGCAAACUAAUGAGAGGGUUAGAUCCAUCAUUCAAGUGGAGUCGCAAGAGAGAAAAACUUCUUUUGUAUUGCCUUCAGAAUCAUCAGAAAGACCAAAAUUGAAGUUACUCCCAAGAUCCAAGCCGAUGGAGAACUUAGAAACCCCAAUUGACAGUAAGCAGGGAUAUGAGCGGACAAGUGAUCAGCAUCAUGUGGAGGAUAACUAUGUUGUACGUGAACAUAAAAAUCCCAUGCAAUCCGAUGUUUCUGGAUCGGUGGUUUGUGAUCGAGCUCAAGAACGCCCAAAACUUAAUUUGAAGCCGAGAUCACCGCCCCUUGAGCAACUCAAAGGAAAGAGUGAAGUCAAAAGAGGGACUGUUUUUGGGGGAGCUCGGCCACGAGAACUAGUGUUGAAGGAGCGAGGAAUUGAUGAUGAUGUAAGCACUUACGAGAGCCAACCUCCUUUGAGGGCGAAGGAAAGCUCUCCGAAGGCUGACACAUUCACGCAUGCAACUCAUGCACGCCAUGGUGACAAAGCCGAAAGUAACAUCAUCCCUAUCGAUCAAAGAACAACGAAAUACCAGGUGGACGGUAACAGAAUUGACUCACAUAGAAAGAGCAGGCAAAACGAGACUUGGAGAAACAAUGAGAAGCCUCGCAAUCAACAACAACAGAAGCAGGUGCAGGAACGGGCCCCGUCACCAGAGACUUGGCGCAAACCCGUCGAGCCACAUCAUCAUGAGAAGCCAGCUUCAACCGAUGCCCCAAUCCGUUACGGGAAAGCAGCUUCAGCGGUUGAGCUGGCUCAGGCCUUUUCGAAAAAGUCAGUAUCCGAUCCAACGGUUGAGGAUCGAUUUUCUGGUCUGAGAGGCAUUCCCAACCAGAUUCAGAUCCCAUUUUCUCGCCUAACAACAGGUUCAUCUCCUAGGCCACAGAUAAACGGUUACUGAAAAUUUAAAUCGAGUGCUUGGUGGGCUACAUAUAUAAAUAUAACAUCGGCGAUCGAAAUACGGAGAGGGAAAUUUGUUUUAUGUGGUGCUGGUCAUGGAUUUGUUCCAGUAAUAAUUAGAUAAAGAAAAAGAACACAUGGUGAAGUUGAUCAUUUAGUGAUGGCUGCUGGAAUUUAUUCAUCAAGUCUUCUUCCAUGCCUUUCUCAGAUGCAUCAACUUUAUGUAUCGUGGUGCUUCUCGUAAUCGUGUACUUGUAUUUUUACUGAUUCUUUUUCGAUUUAUUUCUAACUUUCUGUCCGCAAUUAUAUUACUGUGGCAGUUAAAAGUUAAUUUCUUCAGUUUCAUGCUUGGGGAUUUAUUGGGAAAAUUAUCUCAGUUAUAAGUUGAUUUGUCGGCAUACAAUUGAAUGCCCGUCAUUAAAAUUU